AUGACAACGAUGGCCGGGCGACCACCAGUAGCAAGAGCAGCAGAUGGUGUGGUCGCGAGCAGCGAUGAGCCCCUCACCUUGGUUGGCGACGGAAAUCACGGGGAGACCACUAAAGCACGCACGAUCGGACGAGAGCGAGAAGCCGAGCUCAAGCAAGCCCUAGAUCGAAUAGUUCCGCAGCUUCUUCAAAAGGAAGAGAGGGUUAAGUUCCUUGAGGCUGGUCUGAAGCAAGCCAAACAAGACGAAUCGGGGCGGAAUGCGUUGAUCAAGCAAAUCACCACGCUUGAGGAGGAGAAUAAACAGUCCCGACAAAGACUUGACACGCGCCAGGCCGAGGCCCUGGAAUGGCGAGAAAGAAGGCAAUCACUUGAGGCCGACAACGAACGCCUCAGCACCGAGCUACACAGCGCACUUGGUCGCAUCACCCGCCUCGAAACCGAAACCCGCCGUAAGGAUGCCUUGUUGACGGAGGCGCGGGACAGCGCUACCGCACGAGCAGAAAAGAACUCGACGUUCGAGACCGAGCUCCGCCAUAAAGACCAGCUCUUGGAAGAGGCCGAGCGAGACAAAAAGCGAGCUUGGCAGGCCACAAACGCUUCAGCGGAAACAGUGAAGGCCGCCAUGAUGCGGGCCGAGGCGGCUGCCAAGGAAGCCUCCGACCUUCGUAUUCUCCAAAACAGUGUCCGUUGGCAGGAUGCUAACAGUGGCGAAAAGGUUAGCUUUGAAGGGCGGGCGGUGAACAAGCCGGGGCAAUCCUUAACAGACGCACUGGCGGCUGCGGCUGCUGACGGCGGUGGACCGGAGGCGAUGAGACGCAGCUGGGGGGCGGUCGAGUCAGAUCUUCUUCACAACGUGCCCGCGGCGGGGCGAGAUGUUAUCAGGCAUCGAACGAGCUCCCUCAGCACGGCAGUGGGGCGCUCGGUGGAUCACACGGCGGCGGUGGACAUCGUGAAUCACGCCAACAACAACCUUAGGCGAACUUCAACAGCAGGCAUCGAAAAUACUACAGCAACAGGGGUGAACCAUAUUCCUCCGAGGGACGUCGCCACGGCAGUCGGUCAUCCUGCAAGCCAUGGCGUUUCUCUUGGGAAUAUCCUCAUCGAGAGGGAAGAAGAAAACGACGCGUGGCGAACAGAUAUCGCGGUGUCGUCCCCCUCAAAAGAACCACGGGAGAAAACAGGAUCAGGGCGGCGGGUGCAUGCUGUGAUCGAGACAAACGCCUCUCCAACCAGACCAACAGGACGUGAGCUUUGCCUUAUUGGAGAUAGGCAGCAUCAUGACUCAGCGGGGGUGAAGGGGGCGUUAACGGGGGCAAACCCGGCAUGGACCGACACGCCACCUCUGUCGCAAGGCGGCUCCCCCGAAGCGAUCGGAGGGUGCGGCGAUCGCGAGAAUCUCGGCAACGGGCGGCGUCUGUUUGAACGCAGCGGUGACGGUGCUGUAAAUAGUACACCUAUCACCUACGGGGAAGAAUGUAGAACAGGCGAGGAAUGUCGAGAUCGUGGCAAGGUCUGCAGCGGGCAUGGCGAGCGUACCAUAGAUGAAGUCGGGCUUCGGGACAAGGCGCGCGCCGGUGAAGAUGUCAUCAAUGAUGCGUCAACAGCUGAUUUUUCUUUCAUGGUGCCAAGACCUUGCCCGGCCGCCGGGUGCAGGAGGGGUCGAGACUCCAUGUCAUCACGCCGUAGCAGCCUCAGCGGGGCUGGUGCAGGAGUGAUGGAGGUGACGGGCGAGGCAAGCGGACUCGAGCCCGAUCGGGCAACCGACGUGAGGCAGGUCCUUCCGACCAUUUUCGACAACGAGGUUGGUAGCCCAGAAUCUUUCGACGAGAGCCAGGCAACGAGGAAGGGUCUCAUGGGACACAAGGCAUCACAAUCUACUGCUGCGUCUGUCAAAUCGGAUGCUGUGGAAAGUCGAAGCCCGACAGAUCAUAGCAGGUUCGGGAUGUCAGCCUUCGCGACGAGGGCAUCAGGGCCUUGGCGUAGGCAAUCAUGUGCCGCAGUUCCAAAUGAGCGGUUUUCAUCUGUCACCCAAGGGAGGUUGCUCGGAACGAGCGACUCCCCUGGUGUCUCCGACAAGGAAGCGAUAACUCGUCGUGAGAGGCGGGCGUCGGCCCCGUUUGCCACGGAUGCGGCAGAGGAUGAGCUUCGGCCAGCUCGCGAGGUGGAAAGAAAACUUACGCUACUACAGAUGGAAAUAUCUCAGCUAGAAGCGGAGCAAACUAAGCUGCUGCCGAAGACGAGCAAGACCAUGCAAGCGCGCGCGCAAAUACGAGAGAUAGAAGGGCGCUUGGCUGUAUUGGCGAAGGAGUCUUCUAGGCUUCGAAGGGUUUUACGAGAAAAACCGUGGAGAACGUGACGGCAUUUUGACGAGGACAAAGCUUUUAAAAACCAGUCUUAUAAUUCGCCUAGUGACCAUGGGGAAGUGGGUACGAUAAAAAAAAGCCAUAGGAUAUCGUUGCGCGAAACUUGGGGCGUGUACAGAGUGUAGCCCUACGUUAUCUUGCGAAAAAUUGAGAGUGUUUUUGCCUGCCCAGGCGUCGUGGAGCAACGGUGGGCAAGAAACAGCAGAUAGAUCACAAUGUUAUUGAACUGCCAUCAGUGUGUCCCCGUCGCUAGCACCCGCCACGGGAAAGGCAUCUGCGACAAGUCCUGUCUCCUGUCCUAUUACGAAACAAGGAGCCUUGUGUCUUGCGAGUCACUUUACAAUGCCGCGGCCCUAUCACGAGCGUGGUGUCUCUUCUAUCCAUCACCCCUCUUCCCUACAACACCCGUUCGAAACAAUCGUGUCCUUUACGACAUCGCGGAUGACACGGUCCACAGACAGACACCUAUCGUCUCUUGACUCGUCUUGGAUCUUCUGUACAAGGCCAGGCAAAACGCCAGAAGUAGGCAACGAUACGGAGCUUUCCACCGGUGAUCUGUAAAUACGCCCCACAUGUACCAUGCAACAACACGCCCAUUUUGAAUUAUUUCAUGUCGCGCUACAUCUUUAACUUGGGUCUCUUGCCCCUGUGUCUCGCGUCCAGAUCUCGUAAGCGUUCUUCAAUCAAAUCUAGGUCGCCAUCCACUCGCAGCAACUGCUUCUCCAAAACCGCCGCCUGCUGGUG